AUGUCAACAUUUAAUAACGCCGUCUUUAGUGCGGAUUCGGACGAUGAGCAUGACCCAGACUUCGUCCCUAAUGAACAUUCAAGCAGUAGUGACGAGGAAACCACGAAGACAGCAGCAGCCCCUGAAUCUGACCCUGUAAAUAAGGAAGCAGAGACAGCUGCUCAGAAAGAAGCUCGUGCGUCCUUAUGGGCAAGUUUCCAGUCCUCCGUUUCUGGGACAAAUGGCGAAGGUUCGGGCGCUUCAACACCGCCCGUCAAAAAAGCUAGGCUUGUGAAGGUGGAGAAAAAAUACAGAUUCGCGGGUGAGGAGGUAUCAGAAGUGGUUGAAGUGCCGGAAGACUCAGAGGAUGCAAAGAAAUGGCCUUUGUGGAGGCAACCUUCUCAAGAUGCCGAAAGGGCAAACGAGGCCGAGCAUAAAGCAACUCCUCCGGACAACAUGGCAAUUCAACCAUCUCUGGAGUCUGCAUCUCGAGCUUCUGGGCCUUCCGGACCGACUUCCAUAGCAGAGUCUUCAUCUCGAUCCUCCACACCUGUCACAGCGCGCCCCAAACCAGGCCCACGAAAAGCAAAGACUGUGCUAACGCCAAUGCCCAGCGCAAAACCCAAGAAACUCACAACACUGGAGAAAUCGGCGAUGGACUGGCGUGCACACGUCGCAUCGGAAGGCGAACAGGGAGAAUCGAGUACUAAGGUGCAAAAUGGCGGGGAAAACCUAGCUGAUGAACUGGAAAAGAAUCGACGAAGUGGAGGCUACCUUGAGAAGGUCGCAUUCCUUGAACGAGUUGGAAGUAGGAGGGAAGAACUAUUUGACGAGAGUAGGAAGAAGCGCAGGAAGGGUUAA